AUGCAAAGAAUCGUUUUAUUACUUCUGACUUUCAUGGGUGCAGCCAGCGGCCUAUUCUAUGGAACUACAGAUCUACCUGAUGGUGAUGCUGAAAUGUUCUGUUCCACAGAGGCUGGUUUCGAUAUUGGACGAGAUCUACCCGAGGAAUUGACUUGGAACUACUCUCAAAUACCAAAAGGGCAAUGGUUUCGGAUGCAUGGUCAAAUCCGUCGUACGUCUUAUGAUGCACCGGAUUCAGUUCUUCGUCGCGAUGACCCUCAACGACAAGGCAAUUGUUAUUUUCAAAUAGAAUCGAAUGCGAUGACGGAAUACAUUCAAAAUAUUCCAUUUCCACGAGCUACUGCGAUGAGCACGCCGUACAAUUAUUACUUCUCGGCUUCCAUGUUCGAUGACACUGGUCGAGUCCGUAUCGCUUUAGAAUGGUACGACGAGCAAAAUCGAUUACUGAAUUCGACUAGUAUUCACUCGAAUAAUCGAAUCGAUACAGCCAAUGUUUCUCGAUUGAAUGAAGCGAAACUUGGAAAAAUUGUGCAAGACGCCAAGACUAUGUUAAUUCGAAUCAAAACAGACCCAUUGGUCUCGAAAUCAGAAUCAAUGUCGUAUUCAAUCGAUAUGAUUCAUGUGGUUUUCUUUCCGGACCAUAUUUUCGGCAACGGACGACCGUCAAAAUGA